GCAUUUUCCUGACAUUCUACACUCUGAAAUGCGUAUGGCUUUGUAGUAGUAGUACACACUUCUGACGUAUCAGAAUUCAGAAGGCAUGAAAUGAAUAUACUAGAAAGAAAAUGCACAUGAAACUCCAGCCCCUUUAUAAAUUUGCACCCCACAGGGCCAGGGACCAAGCGGACAAGGCCCUAUCCAUCCAUCCAUCCCCAUCACCUCCCCACACACCUGUGCGCCACCCGAACGAAAGCUAAGCCACCAGCAAUCAGCCAUGGCAUCCCGCGACGCCGCCACCUUCCAGCUCUACCGGCCCAUGGCAAUGCCGACGGCGACGCCCAUGUCCCAGACGAUGGCAAUGCCCGUCUUCUCGUCGGCCGAGGCCGCGGACGACGCCGUGGUGGCGGUGCCGGCGCCGAGAAAGGCCGGCGCGGCCAAGGGCGCCAAGGACCGGCACAGCAAGGUGAACGGGCGCGGGCGGCGCGUGCGCAUGCCGAUCGUGUGCGCGGCGCGCGUGUUCCAGCUCACCCGCGAGCUGGGGCUCAAGUCGGACGGGCAGACCGUGGAGUGGCUGCUCCGGCAGGCCGAGCCGUCCAUCAUGGCCGCCACCGGCUCCGGCACCACCCCCGCCGUCUUCUCCUGCUCCUCCGCGCCGUCCACCGCCGGCGUAUCCCUCCUGGGGAAGCGCCCGCGGGAGGACCACGAGGCGGCGCCGUCCUUCUGGGAGGCGCUGCAGGCCCGGCCCGUGCCCUGGGGCCUCUCCCCGUCGCUGGAGGCGCAGGCGUACGCGUCGUCGGUGGCGCAGGGACACCACCACCACCUGAACCUGCUCUCCGCGCUCUCCGGCGCCUCCAGGCGACCAGCGGAGGAGGAGUCCCGGUGACCGCCGCUGCCGACUCCCUACGUGAUCGCAUGCGCUGACCUGCCCGUGCCCUGCUGCCUAAUUCUUGGAACCAAGCCAAGCCAGGAGUUCCUGCUGGCUUGCUGCUGUGUGGUGUGGCUUGCCCUACGUACUUUCGCAUUUUCCUUUUGCUUCCUUUCUCCUUUGCGUGCACUGUGUGUUUUCUUUUGCGUGGAUUUUUGGCCUGGGGAAGAAAGAAUUAAUCGAGGAUCUGAGCAGCAUCAGAGAUUCCAAGGCAGCAAAGCAACUGUUGACACAGGUCUGCUACCAGAUCUUACUUCUACUACUCCAUCUCGUCAGACUUGUGAUUGUGCUUGUUGCUGCUAGUUGUUACUACAGUGUAUUACGCCACUGCCACGGCCCUGCCAUUGCCUGCUGGUUGCUGUGAGUGACGAUCGAUCUAACACAGUGCCACUCUUGUACCGCUCGAUUCUUGUUUUGCUUCAAUGGCAGCCCCUCUAUCAGUACGCAGUAUCGUUUUGCUGAUGCAA